AGUAAGUCAAGCGAGAAAUCCACGGCGUGUCUCGCGAUCACUAUUCAGCAAUGGCUUCAACAAAGCCAUACAUUGGUUGUAAAAUAGGUUUAAUUUCCAAAGCACAGAAUCGUUAUGAGGGUAUUUUGUAUACAAUUGAUAAAAUAAACUCAACAGUUGUGCUGGCAAAAGUUAAAUGUUUUGGAACGGAGGGGCGACCCACCGACAGACCAACACCGCCCAAGGAUGAUGUAUAUGAAUAUAUCACUUUCCGGGGAAGUGAUAUCAAAGAUAUUGCACUGUGUGAACCUCCAAGAUCAUACCAUGGCCUACCUCCUGAUCCUGCAAUAGUACAAUCAUCCAGUGCAGGUUCAUCAAGUAUCUACUCGACACUGGGGCCAUUUAGUCCAUUUAGGAUGCCGCCUGCUUACAAUCCGCUGGCUGCCAGCUCUGUGCUAGGCCAACAGUAUGCUGCAAGUCUUGGCCUUGGCCCUGUGAUCGCAGACAUGCAUGCUAGACGGGGGCCCAUGGUAGAAAAGGCUGUUCAAACUAUUCAAUUGGAAAGACCCAGGCAGAGGAGAGGUUUAUUUGUGCCUCAGGAGCAGCAGUGGGACAGGAGGAGGCCCCAAAGACCCAGGAGGGAUGAUGCCAUGACUCAAAGGGACACAGGGGCCAUGAUUAAGUCUGGCCCAGGUGUGCCUCAAUCUGCAGGAUUGCAGGAAACAAGGCAGCAGGACAUUGAAAAUAGGCCGGCACCCAGGCGAAGGCAAGGUGCCAGAAGACGCAGGACCCGCCGUAGAGGCCAGAUCAUGGCGGCUAAUGUUCCAUCUCCAGUUCUUAAGUUUGAGACCGACUUUGACUUUGAUUCUUCAAAUGCACAGUUUAUUAAGGAGGAGCUCGAGAGGGAGGUGCAGGAAAGAAUAAAUAUAAAGGAUGGAAUUUUUGAUCUUGAAGAGAAGUUGAAAGAAGGGAUGGACUUGACUGCAGAGAAUGAUCAUUUCGGGCCAAAAUGCUACUACAACAAAGCCAAGUCUUUCUUCGACAACAUCUCAUCAGACGCUGGAUUAAGAUUAACAUGGGCAGAGGAGCGGAAACGCAACCUGGAGACUUUUGGGGUACCUGGACGUUUUUUUAGGGGCCAAGGCUUCGGAGGCCGAAGGGCAAGAGGUGCUGCUCUACCGUCCAAGAGAACCUGGAGUGGACAGCUGUGAAUUGUGGAGUUUGACAUCAAGGCGAUCUAUAUUUUGAAUUUAAUUCCUCAUGGGAUUGCUGUUUAGACCACCAGAAACUUUUGGUUAUAUGGAUUUAUUUUAUUUUUCUCCCACUUUAAGUUUAUCCUGCACGUAAUCCCAGGACUAGUUUUUCAUUUUGAAUUUGGGUGAUCAUUUCAGUGUUUUUCUUUAAAAUGGGUCCUUUUAUUUGUUAGAGGGUUUGAAAAAAAAAAAAAAAAGUAAAUUGGCCUUUGCCAAGCUUGAUUUCUUUCAUUUGAAAAUGAUGCAAAAUGUAUGCAUAAAAUGAACUAAACAUUUCUUUGUCUGCAUCACUUUAUUUAUUCACAUAUUCGG